GAGCAUAACAUGGAAAACCGCUGGUAAGCACGACUGCAUUGAAUGGGGAAAUCCCCGUUGAUCGAGAAAUGACCUCAUAUAAUUGAGGACGCGUUUGCUGUACCCAAACUUGUUUUAUUUUCUUUUGCUUGUAUUAAUAACGUUUGAUCUUCGGUUUUGAAUCAGUAUACAUCUACUAGUUUUGAGAUGAAUUUGCCCGAAAUCUGAAAAAGGAACGAUUUGUGAGUGUUUCUGUGGCUGGCCUGGAGAUGAUUUUGAUGAUGCAACAUGUUGAUCAACACUAAUAUAUUUCACUGUACUGUAGACUAGUACUAGACUGUCUUAGUCGUAUGUCCAUGAUGUUGAUGGGCGUGUCAUCUCCAUUUUGACCUCUUUCAAAAAAGGAACUUUGAAAAAUAGCCUAAAGGGCUUAGUUAUGGACACUACUGGUACAUCUUUGAGCUUUUGUAUAUCAGCUGUAAUAAGAUCAUGACGAUCGCGAUGGAGUUUUGUGAUCAUAAAUUGGAAAUAUCGGGUUGGAAUCUCAAGGUCAGGUUACUUCUGCAAGUUUCAUUAAAACUGCUAUGCCUCCAACUCGCAUCUGGCAGUGUACAGGCCUUGUGUAAUGGUGAAUUAGAAAUAGAUCCACAAGCUCCAGGUUGCCUGGAUGAUUGCGAAGGACGUAGAUUCUUUCUGGGAAGAGAUGGCAUGUGCAAGAUGUGUGUGCAAUGUGAACCUGGAUUCGAACAUGACAAGUUUUGUGGGGAUGGAGAGAAUGGUGAUGCCGUCUGCAUCCCAUGUCCCGAGGGCCACUAUUCCUACAAUCGCUAUGAAUGUCUGGCGUGCAGAGUGUGCGAAAAGACCGUAUUAACUCGGGAAUGCAGUGCGACCACUGACCGCCAGUGUGGUGAAUGUCUUCAAGGAUUUUACAGAGAUCCACAAAACCCAGAUCUUUGCAAUCAGAGAUGUGAGUGGCUGAGCAAUCCAAAACCAACCCUGCAUGCCUGGCUUGGCUGGCAAAUCAGCAAAAACCAACUCAAUCUGCCAUCGUAUCCCAGACAUCUUCAUUUCCUGUGUUUCCAGUUAAAAGGACUGGAGGUGUGUCUCUAACUGUCAUCAUUAUCGUCUGUCUGGUUGUCGUACUCAUCAGCGGCAGUGCGAUACCUGUCUAUUUAUGUUGCAAAAAGAGUAGAGGCUCACAAUCGGAUAUAGAGUCACGUCCAGGUCAGAGCAGAGAGCACCUUGAGCUUAAUGGUGAACUCCCAGCUGAAUGCCAUGAUAGUGAGGAUGAAUGCUGUAGUGGUCCCUUAACGAAUCCUAUAACAGCUGAUGUAUCAGAAGUAGUCAGAGUUCUACUUGUGGCAAACGAUCCACCCUGCAAUUCACAUGGUAUGAAUUUCCAAAAACUUCCAAUUGAAAUGGGUAGGGGAGAACGCGAUGAAGAAAGUGAUGGCAAGGAGGAAUCCGAUAAACGUCCAACACUAUUGCCUGGUGCAUCUUUAAGUAGCAGAGGGAGUACUGUAAUUGGUCAAGAUAAGAAUGAGCUUAGGCCAAUCAGCUUUGGUGCUGAUGGAGCCCCCCAAAACAAGGUUAUUAGGGGAGGAGAUGAUGAACACGAUGGAAGCAGGGAAGAACUUCAAAGGCUUCUGUCUGAUGCACAGGUGAAGCAUCAGAAUGGAGAAGCUGGUGAGGGAAAUCAGAGGGGUUCAGCUGAUGCAGAAAAGUCACAACCUACAAAAAUGAAGGAGAAAGAUGGACCUUCAAAGAAUAACUGUGGACUUGGGAUAAGCAACAAGCCGCAAACUUUAAGAAGCAAAGAAAGUUCUGUGAUAAGUCACGAAAAUGGUGAGCACAUGCCAACGAGCCUUGAUUCUGAGAAAACCAAAAGAAAUGUGGUUGGGACAGGAAAUGAUGAGGAAGAUGUGGGCAAAACUGCCAGGGAGGAUCCUGAUGAACGCCAAAGGCUACUCACUGAUAAAGAGGUGAAGGAUCAUGAUGGACGAGCUACGGGUGAUGAUGAUAGAGUAUGGAGGGGGUCGGCUGAAGCAGAAGAACCACAACCCACAACAAGAAAUAAUAAAGAUGCAUCCCGCAAAACGAAAUCAGGGCAACUGUCGGCUAAGCGUGGUAAUAAAAACAAACACCAACCUGUUAUUGUAAAUUUUUAUGGAAAUGUAAACACCGUUGUAACUGGGGAUCAGUUUAAUUAUCAUAAUAGUGCAGAACACCCAUCACAAGGGAACGAUAAUCACCAUAAUGAGGUCUGUGAGGAUGAUGAUGAUGAUGAUGAUGAAGAGGAUGAUCAUGACAAGGAGGAGGAUGAUGAUGAUGAUGAGGAGGAGGAGGGAGAAGAGGACAAAGUAUCCAGUGACACUAAGUAGGAGGAUGAAGACAAUUUAAGAUGCAGGUGAAGAUGCAUGGAAGAAAUUUUGGGAUGUUAAAGGAGAUAUAAGUUUAUAAAUAGAAGCUUAAUUUGACAUUUUUUCUUAUUGCGGACCCUCUAUUGGCUCAAAAAACAUUUAUAUAUGAAGGUCCAAAGAUUUGGAAUUCUUUAAGUAAUGAAAAAAAAAAUA